ACUAAGAACCAUGAGAAGAGUCUUCACUCUGAAGGGCAUGUUUCUCAGAAACCUGAGCAAGGAGAAACCUGUGAGAGUCAAUGUAGCCUAGAAAAGCAGCAGCAAAACCAUGCAGGGGCAGGACAGAGUAAAUCCAGUCACAGGAGCAGAGGAGUGAAAAGAAACAACGAAACUGUUCAACAGAAAAUCCCCCAUCAAGAGGCACCCUACACUUGCAGUGACUGUGGGAAAGUCUUCCAAUGGAGACAGGCUCUGAUUGUACACCAGAGAAUCCACACAGGAGAGAAGCCGUUCAUCUGCUCUGACUGUGGGAAAAGCUUCUGUCAUAGUUCAAACCUGAUUACACAUAAGAGAAUCCACACUGGAGAGAAACCUUUCAACUGCUCUGACUGUGGGAAAAACUUCAGUCAGAGGACAGACUUUGUUAGGCACAGGAGAAUUCACACAGGAGAGAAGCCGUACAACUGCUCUGACUGUGGGAAACACUUCAGUCAGAACAGAUACCUGAUAGCACAUCAGAGAAUCCACACAGGAGAAAAACCCUUUGAUUGCUCUGAGUGUGGAAAAAGCUUCAGACAGAGGUCAGAUCUUGUUCGGCAUAGGAGAACCCACACAGGAGAGAAACCCUUCACAUGCUCUGACUGUGGGAAAAGCUUCAGUGGGAAUGGAUACCUGGUUAUACAUCAAAGAACCCACACAGGAGAGAAACCCUUUGACUGUUCUGAUUGUGGGAAAAGCUUCACUCUGAAUGCACACCUGGUUAUACAUCAGAGAACCCACACUGGGGAGAAACCCUUUUGCUGCUCUGACUGUGGGAAAAGCUUCACUGGGCGCUCAGAUCUUGUUAGUCAUCAGAGAACCCACACAGGGGAGAAACCGUACAACUGCUCUCACUGUGGGAAACGCUUCUGUCAGCGUGCAAACUUAAUUAAACAUCAAAGAAUCCACACAGGGGAGAAACCUUUUAACUGCUCUGACUGUGGGAAAAGCUUCAGUCAGCACUCACAUCUUAUUAAUCAUCAGAGAACUCACACAGGGGAGAAACCCUACAACUGCUCUGACUGUGGCAAAAGUUUCAGUCAGAACGCACACCUGAUUAAACAUCAGCAGGUUCACACAGGGGAGAAACCCUUCAACUCGUCUGUCUGUGGCCAAGCCAUCAGGCAGAACAAAACCCUCACUGAACAUCGAAGAACCAACACAGGAGAAAACCCUAUGACCUGAGUUCCUUUUUAAGUUGCAUGGCCAUGUGGCCAGGUAGCAGCCUAUUAAUUGUUACACCAGCACUUAGGGCUGUGACAUGGAGAGAUGCCUCUCUCCACUGGUCUCAACCCCAGCCCAGAGCUGCCAUGGCCAGGGGACUGUCAGCUGUCCCAUGCCCCCUGCUUCAGAGCUGCCAUGGCAGAGAGAGAUGCCCCUCUCCCAUCUCCCAUUCACAGCAGCACCUGGGCUGGGGAAGAGAGAGCUGCUGGGAGUCUUCUCUCCCUACUUUAGACUGUCAAUGGUCUGCACCUCAACCCCCUUAUGAUUGGCCAUUCAAGGUCCCACACUCCCAACUGGAGCCCUCACACCCAUAGGCUAUGUUUAUACUCGCAGCUUCUUGUGGCAGAAAUAUGCAAAUGAGGCUGUGUGGAAUAUCGCCGAGCCUCAUUUGCAUUCUUAAUGAGCCAC